AUGCCCGCGCGCACUCGUCAAGGUCCCUCCGCUGCCACGGAGGUCGUGGAACCCGAAGAGACGUCUGGAGGCCUUCGUAGUCUCAAGUUCAAUCAGCCGCUUUCCUGGCGCGUGGGGAGGGCCAUCCCCAUUGCCGAUCUACUGCAACGCCUGCAGACGCUCGCGCAGGAGCUCCGCAAACUCGAACAAGAGGAGAUCGAUACGGAUUCUCUCCGGAAGGUGUCGCAGGAGCUGGCGACAGCUAAUCUGCUAGCUCACAAGGAUAAGGGGGUGCGAGCUUGGACGGCUUGCUGCAUUGUUGAUGUCUUGCGACUCUGCGCGCCUGACGCGCCGUUUACGGGGAAUCAGCUCAAGGAUAUCUUUACUUGCAUCGUCACCUCCAUCAUCCCCGCGCUCGGGGAUCCCUCGAAUACCUACAAUGCUCAGCACAUCUACGUUCUGAAUUCCCUUGCGGAAGUGAAGAGUAUCGUGCUGAUGACAGAUCUGGACCAACCGGACUUAUUAAUCAUUCCCCUGUUCACUACUUGUUUCGACAUCGUCUCCGGUUCAUCGAAGGCUUCCUCAGGAGAGGACAUCGCUAAGAAUGUGGAAUACGAUAUGACCCGUCUCCUGGUGACAGUGAUCGACGAAUCCCCAAUCCUCGCACCCGAUGUUGUAGAUGUCAUCGUAGCGCAAUUCCUUCGAAUCGAUCCCCGUGCCCUAGAGCAUCCUGGCAAGAAGGGCAAGAAGACAGAUGCGCCGGUCGAUGCGAAACAAGGCACCCUUCUUCUCAAGGAUUACCCGCCUGCCUACAACAUGGCCAAGGCCAUCUGCCAAGCCUGUCCGGAGAGGAUGACUAGCCACAUCAGUCAGUAUUUCAACAAUGUCAUCAUCGACGCUUCAGGCACCGCGGGAGCAAAUGGAUCCUCAAAACAUCCGCAUCGCAGGCCAAACCUAGACGACUCCGACGAGGAAGGAGAGGAUGUCAAGGAACUGAGCAAAGCGCACCGCCUGAUUCGGGAGCUCUGGCGCGCCUGUCCCGAUGUGCUGCAGAAUGUGGUCCCCCAGCUCGAAGCUGAAUUGUCUGCCGAAUCGGUCUCCCUUCGUCUGCUGGCCACACAGACGAUCGGUGAUCUGACGGCUGGUAUCGGAGUUGCUGGUCCACCUCCACCAAUAGCAAUGGAUCCUGCUGCAUACCCCCCGAUCACCCUGGCAGAAUCCUCCCAGGCACUUCCGCCAUCCAAUCUUCUGGUCGCACCUCUAUCCCCAAAGCCAUUCUCGCAGGCACACAGUUCCGCCUACGAGAGCUUUUUAAGCCGACGCUUUGAUAAGUCCGCUUCUGUCAGAGCUGCCUGGGUGACUGUCGCGGGUCGCAUUCUGCUGACCUCGGCCGGUGGCUCUGGUUUAAGCGACAACGAGGAGCAGACGCUCAUCGAGAACCUCACAUCAAUGCUUCGCGAUGCGGAUGAGAAGGUUCGAGUAGCUGCUGUUGAUGCAAUUUCAACGUUCGGACUGGCCCAGGUCGUGAAUAAACUCGGAUUCAACGGUGGUUUCUCGUCGCCAGAUUCAUUACUGUCUGUCCUGGCAGAGCGGGUCAAAGACCGCAAAUCUCAGGUGCGAGAACAUGCGAUGAAGACGUUGGCUAGCAUCUGGGCUGUGGCGGCAGGCGACAUUGAGCAGGGCAAUGAGCAGGUGCUUUCUCUGCUCAAGGAUGGACCAUCGAAGAUUUUCGAUGCCUACUACACCAACGACCCGGAAAUCCAUAUUUCGAUCGACCGUGUGCUCUUUGAGAUACUUCUUCCCCUCAAUUACCCCCCUAUCAAGCCCAAGCUGUUGCACAGCGGCUCGAGCCAGUCCCAGAAGCUGAAGGAGUCGCAAACCUCCAAGGUGGAUACUGAUGCGGACAUUGACAAGAUACGUGUUCGUCGCAUUCUUACCCUCCUCGGCGGACUCGAUGACAAGGCAAAGAAGGUGUUUUACGCGAUGCAGGGCCGACAAAUCUCUCUAAGAAACUUUGUGGACUUUUACCUCAAAGCCUGUGAGGAAUACAACGGAGGCGUAAUGGAGGAGAAUGAAGAUGAGAUCAAGACGAAGUUGUCUCGAGUUAUCGAAUCACUAUCCAAAACGUUCCCGGACUCAUCGCGGGCGUCUGCGGAUCUAUGGAAAUUUGCCAAGGUUCACGACCGUCGCAACUACCAGCUCAUCCGCUUUGCUAUGUCGGUUUCCAGUGAUUAUCGCACCGUUGUCAAGGCUAUUAGGGAGUUAGCAAGGCGUAUACAGAGUUCCAACAACAUGCCUCUUCUAGAGACGCUUACUCCACUGUUGUACCGUUGCAGCUCCCUGAUUUUCAAUCGGAGUCAUACGCCGGCAAUCAUGGAACUUUCCCGAACAGACGAGCAUGGACUUGCGAGCCCGGCACAUGAAAUUCUGCGGGAAAUCUCUUCUAGCAAUCCAGAGGUGUUGGAAGCUCAAGUUCAAGAGAUGUGCAAGGAUCUCGAAUCUCAAGCCCCGAAGGCGACAACGACCACUGCCGCCAACACUGAGGAAAUACUCAAGGCUUGCUCUGGAUUCGCCAGGAAACUGCCUGGUAAACUUCCCAAGGACCGCAAGUUCCUACAGGCUCUUACAAACUAUGCCGUCCACAGCCCAUCGCCCCGUGCCGCGAAACAUGCGGUCUCUAUUCUCAUGUCCGUUGCGGAGAAAAGAGAAAUGUAUGCCAAAGAUUUGGUCAAGGCAUGUAUCUCAAAGUGGUCUUAUGGCUCGGACCGUUUCCUGACCAAACUGGCGGCUCUGUCUCAGCUGAGCCUGUUGGCCCCAGCCGAGACGGAUGAAGAAGGCGAUGCUAUUAUCUCCAUCGCCGUCAAUCAGAUUCUCUUGACUAAUCGCUCCCCGCAGGAAGAAUCCGGGUACGCCUGGUCGGAUUCUGUGGACGACGAGACUGUGGCCAAGGAAUGGGCCCUCAAGAUCAUUGUCAAUAAACUUCGGGCCAAGAAAGCCUCGGAGAACGAAGCUGAUUUCCGCGCUCAUGCAGGGCCUGUCUACGAGACUCUUAACAAACUCGUGGCCAAUGAAGGAGAGUUGUCGAAGCAACAGGACACUCCGGCAACCCAGAAGCCGCGGCUGCGCCUUCUCGCUGCAAAGUCACUUCUAAAGCUGUGCGCAUCGAGUAGUUUGGGUGAUCAUCUGCUUGCGCCAAUGGAUUUCAACGCGAUUGCGCUUGUCGCUCAAGAUCCCAUCGCAGCCGUCAGGAGUGGCUUCAUCAACCAGCUCAAGAAGAAACUCGUUCAAAGGUCUUAUCUAAGCUACCGCUGGUACGUCGUUCCCUGCCUGCUUGCGUUCGAGCCGAACGUCAGUCUGAAGGAGAGCACUCUUACUUGGCUACGAUCUCGGGCUACGUUCUUUGCGCAGCAGGUCCAGAACAGUGGCCAGAAGGAGACGGCCAUGGAAUCGAUCUUCUCUCGCCUUCUCUCUCUACUUGCGUAUCAUCCCGACUAUCCGUCUCCCGAUCUGGACGAGGAGACUCAGGUUCGGGACUUGACUGAUUUUGCGCGCUACAUCCUCUUCUACCUCUCGGCAGUUGCGAAUGAGCAUAACCUAUCGCUGAUCUUCCACAUUGCCCAGCGCGUGAAGCAAACGCGCGAUGGCAUUACCAAGUCGGACGAGAUGACCACCCGUCUGCAUACACUCUCAGACUUGGCACAGGCAACGAUCCGUCGCUUCGCCGACAUCUACUCCCAGCAGCGCAGGUUUGGCGGCGGGGCCGGUGCUUCGAGCAUUCUCCAAACCUAUCCCGGAAAAGUCGGCGUGCCAAGCUCGAUAUUUGCUCGGAUGAACAGCCAUGAGGAAGCCCAGGAGGUUGCAGAAAAGAAUUUCCUCCCUGAGGAUGCCGAAGAUCUGCUGGAUCGCCUCGUGCGGUCCGUCAUGAAGGCAAAGAGUGGUUCGUCGAACAACCACAGUUCGGUCAAGAAGAGAAAACCGGAAGCGUCCGAGACGAACGGCAAUACCAGCGCAACGAAGAAGGCGCGGAAAGACAAAGACAGGUCCGCGAAGCCCCGCAGGUCGUCUACCGGCACGACCACAAAAACGCCCAAGAAGAAGAAGAAGGGCGGUGAUGGCUGGUCUUCCGAUGAGGACGGAGCUCCCGAGGAGACGACGGCUUCUGCUGCGCGGAGACGCAGCAGCCGGGGAACAGCCAAACGUGUCAGUUAUGUCGACAAAGGCAGUGAUGAAGAUGAAAUGGAGGUUGACGACCCGGUGGAAGAGAAUGAAGAGCAGGAGAGCAGCGAUGACGAGGAACUCAGCGAAGCGAACAGUGAACUAGAUGCUGAACUUGAGUCAGAAAACGAGGAGCAAGCGAGCGAUGCCGAAGUACCUGAGGAGCCCGAGGCGCCUGAGGAGUCAGCGGAGCCUGAAGAGCCCGAAGAGCCUCCGAAGCCAGCCCCCAAAACGACAGAAACAAAAGCCAAGCGCAGCGAGAAACCAACCGCGUUACCGACAAGGCGAUCCUCUCGAAGGGGCUGA